GUAGGGAGGGCGGGGCUUGGCUGAAAGUAGGGAGGCCGAAGGUCUGAGUUCGGUAGUUCCAGCCGGAGAGACGAUGAACCCGGACUUGAGCAGGGAGAGGGCCGCCGCCUCAUUCAACCCCGAAACCAUCACCGUCAUCCUGGAUGGCAGCCCUGAGAGGACCCGCAGGAGGAGGGAGAUUGAGGGCCUGGUUCUCAAUGACCCCAGCUUCCAGCAUGAGGACCCCAACUUUCUGUCUCGCAGUGAGCGCUACGAGCUGGCCAUCAAGAAGAGCGCCCUGAUGGUUCAGAAGAUGAGGGAGCAUGGCAUCUCCGACCCAGAGGAGAUCUACUGGUUCAAGAGAACCUGCCUUGGCUCUCAAACCGACCCCCUGGGCUUACACUUCAGUAUGUUCAGCAACAUGUUAGCCCAGCAAUUGACGGACGAGCAGAACCAGAAAUGGUAUCCCCUUACCAGCCGCCUACAGGCCAUUGGCACCUAUGCCCAGACCGAGCUGGGACAUGGAACCCACCUUCGAGGGCUGGAGACCACAGCUACCUAUGAUCCAUCUACUCAGGAGUUCAUCCUCAAUAGCCCAACGGUCUCUUCUAUCAAGUGGUGGCCCGGAGGAUUGGGAAAGACCUCAAACCAUGCAGUAGUUUUGGCUCAACUUUACACACAAGGAGAAUGUAGAGGGCUUCAUGCUUUCAUAGUGCCCAUCCGCCACAUGGGUACCCACGAGCCUCUCCCUGGUGUGGUGGUUGGAGACAUAGGGCCCAAGUUUGGGUUUGAUGAAACGGACAACGGGUUCCUUAAGUUUGACAAGCUUCGGAUUCCUCGAGAGAAUAUGCUGAUGAAGUACGCCAAGGUGGAGCCAGACGGCACCUAUGUGAAGCCGCUGAGUGACAAACUGACCUACGGCACUAUGGUGUUCAUUCGUUCAAUGAUCGUAGGAGACUCCGCUCGCAGCCUUUCCCGGGCCUGUACCAUUGCCAUCCGCUAUAGUGCUGUGAGGCACCAGUCAGAGAUCAGAGCUGGGGAGCCGGAGCCCCAAAUCCUAGACUUUCAGACUCAGCAGUACAAGUUAUUCCCGCUGCUGGCUACAGCAUACGCCUUCCAGUUUGUGGGAUCCUAUAUGAGCCACACGUACCACAGAAUCAGCGCUGAAAUCCAAGCGGGUAACCUGAACGAACUGCCCGAGCUGCACGCCCUUUCUGCGGGCUUAAAAGCCUUCACCACGUGGGCAGCCAACACGGGUAUCGAGGAGUGCCGGAUGGCAUGUGGGGGGCAUGGAUACUCCCGUUGCAGUGGGAUCCCCGAUAUCUAUGUGACCUUUACCCCCGCCUGCACAUAUGAGGGGGAAAACACAGUGAUGAUGCUGCAGACUGCAAGAUUUUUGGUGAAAAGCUACAAAGCGGUUCUUUCUGGGAAACGACUUGACGGGAUGGUGUCGUACCUUAAUGAUGUUUCCCAGCACCGUGUACAGCCCCACCCCGUGGCCGGCCGAUCCUUGGUCAAAGACAUCAACGACAUUCAAAAUCUGGUCGAGGCCUACAAACAGCGAGCUGCUUGGCUAGUGGUGGCCGCUGCCAAGAAUGUCAACACUGACUCCAAACGUGGCAAGCGCAAGGAAGAUGCAUGGAACAAGAACUCUGUGGAUCUAGUACGCGCAUCAGAGGCGCACUGUCACUAUGUGGUCGUGAAACUCUUCGCAGACAAAUUGUCUGAGGUUCUCGAUGUCGCUGCCCAUCGUAUUCUGAGCUCUCUCUGCCUCUUCUACGCGCUGCAUGGGAUCAGCAAGAACACUGGAGACUUCCUUCAGGCUGGACUUCUGACCACUCUCCAGGUUGACCUAGUACAGCAGCGAGUGAAGGAUCUGCUGGCAGUUAUCCGUCCCAAUGCAGUGGCUUUGGUGGAUGCCUUCGACUACUCCGACACACAACUGGGCUCAGUUCUGGGCAGAUAUGACGGCAACGUCUAUGAGAAUAUGUUCGAAUGGGCAAAGAAAUCUCCGCUGAACAAAACACAGGUGCACGAAUCCUUCCACAAGUAUUUAAAACCACUACAGUCCAAACUGUGAUCCGCCCAUCAGUCCUGCUGAACCCCAAUGUGGAAACAAAGCAAUUCUCUUUCCUUAAAUAACCUCCCAUCUAAGUGAUGAAAUUGUGUUCCUAAUUGCUGUCAAAUUCUGUCUAUUAACAAGGGGCCAAAGCUGUAAGCAGAGCAAUGGCACUUCCAAUUGACUCUUUGGCGCUGCCUGUGGCUGCUCUAGGUACAGCACCGACCUGAAGAAAGCAAAGGCCUAAGCACUCAGCCUUUAGAAAAACAGCAUUGUUUGUAUAGCGGUUAAUAAACCAACCUCCAGUUAACCUCUUAGAAUAAUAGACAAUGAUAUUCUAAAGUUUAGUGGAGGGUCUAGAACUCUUCAACAGUUUCCUGUCUGGUUGCCAGGGUCACUGACUUUAGCAACCAGCCAUUACCAGAAGAAAGAGGGAGGCGUGCUGAAGGGAAAGAUAAACAAUACACAAUUAUAAUACAAAUCUGCUUUUUGGGUUGCCAGGGGAACGUCCCUAAAAACAACAUAGGAUUUUCAGUUUUGCUUCAGAAAGAAACCAAAUAGAAGAGCAUGUAAAAGACCAACUGAAACAAUACAGAUCUGCUUUUGACCACAUGGCCAAGGAAGGGAAUAUUUGACCAAUGCACUGGGCAGUGUUUACUGUAAUGUUUCACUGUUGCCUUCUGAUGGGCGGCUGAGACGGUCUCACCAUCGGGAUAAAGAGUAUGAAAUGUAAUUAAUCUGUUAAUUUUUAUGUAAAGAUGAUAAUAAAGUUCUGUCCUUUCUUA